CCGCAUAUUAUUGAUUAAGUCUUCUCACAUUAAUUGGCAGUGAGGUUUCUAAGCCAAGUAAAGAAACAAUAAUAAUUGAACAAUCAUUGUUUUCUCACUUGAUUUAGAAACCUUACACCUUCUUCUUCUUCAUUGACAUUACAUCCCCCACUGGGGCAUUGCUGUCUCGCAGCUAAGUGUUCAUUAAGCACUUCUACAGUUAUUAACUUUGAGGUUUCUAAGCCAAGUUACCAUUUCUGCAUUUGUAUAUCAUAUCAGAGAAGUGGCCAAACCGAGAAUUGCCUAGACUGGCACCGGGAAUCGAACCAAGUCACCUUCAGCAUGCUCUUGCUUUGUAACCACGCAUUGCACCGCACGGCUAAGGAGGGCCCCUAAUACAUAGAAACCUUAAAUAUAAUAGGCAUAUACAGCAUUUGGCUAGUUGCUUAUUCGCUGAACUGCAAAAGGUCCUUCGCAAGAAGUAGUGCAAAUUAACGGGAAUUCCGUUCACGCAGGCAGAGAACAGUUCGCGUUUAUAUUCUGUAAUCUCUAGGUGCUGUUUUGCCCUCGCAAAUUUCGUCUAGUGAGGGAUUAAUUUACCUUUUCAUACUAAUACUAACAUAACAUAAAUUCGAAAAGCUUUCCUACAAUUUAAAUUUAGAUGACCAGAAAGUUUAUAACCAGCAUAAUGAAAUACAUCAUUGCCAUAGCGCAGCUGACGAUUUUUGGAUUUGUUAUUCAAUGUGAUCUAACGAAUGCGCAAAUGGCCGUUUUCAACCAAGAAGUUAACACUAUCGAUGAAGGUUGCACUUUCACUACGGGUUGCAAUUUCAGUAAUCUAUCAUGCCGUUACUUGAGCUACCUCAAUUCAUCAAUUAAUAAAGCGCACUAUUCGGAUUUGGAAUCGGUAUUGGAUGCGGUACAAAACGGAGAUGCAUCUGGUGCGCUCUAUUUCACCGAUAACUUUACAGAUGCUUUGGUAGCACGAAUUGCAUUGGGUUCUGAUGCUGAUGAUGAGACAAAACAACAAUCGGAAAUUCGCGUUUGGCUUGACAAAUCCAAUCAGGCGAAAUAUAAUGUAACUAAAACUUUUGUGGAAGCGGCUUAUCAAGAGUUUUCAAAGCAACUGGUACAGGAUUGCCAAACGUUACAGAGCUUAGAAAACGUUGACACAAGCGCGAAAGUGUGUAUAAAUAACAAUCGAUCCACAAAUGGUGUCCGAAAACUGAACGGAGUGAAAUACUUUUCUCUUUGUUGGCCAUACAAUAACUUCUGAAUGGAACAAAUUUUGAUCUAUCAAUGAAUUAAUAAAUAAUCAUUAAAUGAAAAGUAGUCAUAUUUUAGCAAUACAAUGUUUUUUUGGUUCUUUAGAAACUAGAAUAUACUGGUCUUUAAUUAAAAAAAUGAAAGUAAAUUACAAAUGUCUAUAAUUGACACAGGUUAAAAAUAACUCAAACACAUUGUGAAGCUGAUUCAUAUGGUUAAAAAGUGACUAAUAUCUCUCGAUCUACGGUACCUACAACACAUAUGAUUCGAUUAGAACUAUUAGAACGGAAGUGGUCCAGAAAGUGAAAAUGGAAUCAUAAAAGCGUGAAAUGGUUUGUCCACCGACCAACGAUUAUCAUCAACGCUGUUGCACUUUCACAUUUGUCGCAGCCCCAUCCAUUAGAGUAAAAUAGUUCCGUGGCUACAGAGUGUGAAUAAUUUUUAUCAAAAAAUAGAAAGCCUUUUAUUCAGAACAGAACGCCAUAUCUUCUAACAGUUGGUCAGUCGUGUGUUGAACUUUGCUGGAAAUGCAUCAUAGAACGGAUAUAACAGUGCAAUAUGCAUUUUUAAGUUUGGCAGCGCUCAGCGCCGUAUCUCUGCUGUUUGUGGUUCAGCUUGCUCAUGGAUUUAAAUUAAUUAAUCCGUGGUCAGAUGAACGACCGGUGUGUAGCAGCAAUAAUCACAAACUACUAUCACUGUUCAAUCUGUUGUGCAACGCAACUCAAACGACAUCGAUUACAACCAGAGAUGCUUGCUACGGAUGCUUCUUUCGCGCCGGAGUUCUACCAGCAGGGCAGACCCAACUCACGGCUGUUAGCCAAUGUGCGACGAUUUAUCUCAUGAAUAGCAACUAUGCACUUUGUGCCACCGCUUUGGCGACCAUUGUGACCGGAAUGCGUCCCACGUCUGCUCCCAUGCCAGGGACAAACUGCUACACCGGAUAUUGCGAAUUCGUUCAGUGUGUUCGCCGCGUGAAUGCAUUCUCACUGAUCAACCAAUGUAUUCUCCAGACACUUGUCAACAAAGAUCUCAACGUUCAAGCGCAACGAGUUGGUUUCUACAUCAACGCUACGUCCUGCAUUUUGGCUCGAACGCGAUGCGAUACAUACAAUCCGAUCACCGGUGAGCUUCAAACGCCGUACGGGACAGGAAUGCUUGGCCUGCGAAACAUGGACGUCCUGUCGAAUUCCCUGCAGAUAUCGCCGAUGGGGGAUCUACGGGUGCUUUCGUUUCCUACGAAAAUUAUUGCAGCAGAUUUGUUUUGCUCUAGUCGAUCGACCUUGGAUCAGUCAACCUUCGGCGAUUCAACAUGCUAGCCGUAAACAUAUAAGAACGUGUUUGGACCUUUUAAAUAUGCUCAUCAAAAUCAUAAACAUUAGGAGAUGUACUGAAAUGUCGAAUUAAAAACUAUUUUGAAUUUACAAUAAACGAUCCAUUAAUUUAUUCUUUGCAA